AUGAUUGAAGAUAGUGGGAAAAGAGGAAAUACCAUGGCAGAAAGAAGACAGCUAUUUGCAGAGAUGAGGGCUCAAGAUCUGGAUCGGAUCCGACUCUCCACCUACAGAACAGCAUGUAAGCUUAGGUUUGUUCAGAAGAAAUGCAAUUUGCACCUGGUGGAUAUUUGGAACGUCAUAGAAGCAUUGAGAGAAAAUGCUCUGAACAACCUGGACCCAAACAUAGAGCUCAAUGUGGCCCGCUUGGAGGCUGUGCUUUCCACCAUUUUUUACCAGCUCAACAAACGGAUGCCAACCACUCACCAAAUCCAUGUGGAACAGUCCAUCAGUCUCCUGCUUAAUUUCCUGCUUGCAGCCUUUGAUCCGGAAGGCCAUGGUAAAAUUUCAGUAUUUGCUGUCAAGAUGGCUUUAGCCACAUUGUGUGGAGGGAAGAUCAUGGACAAAUUACGAUAUAUUUUCUCAAUGAUUUCUGACUCCAGUGGGGUGAUGGUUUAUGGACGAUAUGACCAGUUCCUCCGGGAAGUUCUCAAACUCCCCACUGCAGUUUUUGAAGGUCCUUCUUUUGGUUACACAGAACAGUCAGCUAGAUCCUGUUUCUCUCAACAGAAAAAAGUCACAUUAAAUGGCUUCUUGGACACACUCAUGUCUGAUCCUCCUCCCCAGUGCCUGGUCUGGUUGCCCCUUCUGCAUCGACUGGCAAAUGUAGAAAAUGUCUUCCAUCCAGUUGAGUGUUCCUACUGCCACAGUGAGAGCAUGAUGGGAUUCCGCUAUCGAUGCCAACAGUGCCACAAUUACCAGCUCUGUCAAGACUGCUUUUGGAGGGGACAUGCAGGCGGUUCCCAUAGCAACCAGCACCAAAUGAAAGAGUACACAUCCUGGAAAUCACCUGCUAAGAAGCUAACUAAUGCAUUAAGCAAGUCUCUGAGCUGUGCAUCCAGCCGUGAACCUUUGCACCCCAUGUUCCCUGACCAGCCUGAGAAACCUCUCAACUUGGCUCACAUCGUUGAUACUUGGCCUCCCAGACCUGUAACCAGCAUGAAUGAUACCCUGUUCUCCCACUCUGUCCCCUCCUCAGGAAGUCCUUUUAUUACCAGGAGCUCUCCUCCCAAGGACAGUGAAGUAGAGCAGAGCAAACUGCUGGCUAGGGCUGCUCCAGCUUUUCUGAAGGGCAAAGGGAUUCAAUACAGCCUCAAUGUGGCAGACAGGCUAGCUGAUGAACAUGUUCUCAUCGGGUUGUAUGUCAACAUGCUCCGGAACAACCCAUCAUGUAUGCUUGACAGUUCAAGCCGGCUUGAUGAAGAACACAGGCUGAUUGCCAGGUAUGCGGCAAGACUGGCCGCAGAGUCCUCCUCAUCUCAGCCAAGUCAGCAGAGAAAUGCGCCUGACAUCUCCUUCACCAUCGAUGCAAAUAAGCAACAAAGGCAGCUGAUUGCAGAACUAGAAAACAAGAACAGAGAAAUCUUACAGGAGAUACAAAGGCUGCGGCUAGAGCAUGAACAGGCUUCUCAGCCCACCCCAGAGAAGGCCCAACAAAAUCCUACGCUGCUGGCAGAACUCCGCCUCCUCAGACAGCGCAAGGAUGAGCUGGAACAGAGGAUGUCUGCUCUCCAGGAGAGCCGGAGAGAACUAAUGGUCCAGUUAGAAGGGCUCAUGAAGCUACUAAAGACCCAAGGGGCAGGUUCUCCGCGUUCCUCUCCCAGCCACACCAUCAGCAGGCCGAUUCCCAUGCCCAUCCGGUCAGCAUCCACCUGCUCCACGCUGACGCACACACCUCAGGACUCUCUCACUGGGGUCGGGGGAGAUGUACAAGAGGCUUUUUCACAAAGUUCAAGAAGAAAUUUAAGGAACGAUUUACUGGUGGCAGCAGACUCCAUCACUAAUACCAUGUCAUCUCUGGUGAAAGAACUAAAUUCUGAGUUGGGGAGUGAAACGGAGAGUAAUGUGGAUUCUGAAUUUGCAAGGACUCACUUUGAGGAUCUUGUUCCAUCACCAACCUCUGAAAAGGCUUUUCUCGCACAAAUCCACGCCCGGAAACCUGGAUACAUUCACAGUGCAGCUGCCACCAGCACCGUUCACAGUGACAUUGUUACUGAAGAUGGGGAUCCCUACGUGCGACCAGAGGAGGAGAACUAUGAAAAUGACUCGGUUCACCAGCUGGAAAAUGAGCUUAAGAUGGAGGAAUACCUGAAACAGAAGCUGCAGGAUGAAGCCUAUCAGGUCAGCUUGCAAGGCUGA